UUCAAAGUUUAGUAUGUUAUUUAGAAUUUAAAAUCAUUUACAUUCUAUUUUCUUCAAUUUAUUUUAUUCCAUCGAUAGUAUUGAGCAUAAGUAUCGAUACAUUAGUCUAAUUUUUCAUCGAUAAAACAGUUUAGUUAAUUAGUGAUUGUCAUCGGGUUUUAAUUGUUUUGUUUGUUUGUUUAUUCACAAUGAAGAUAAGAAACUUCUCCCUAAUCGCUGCCAUUUGUGACAAUUAUGGAAUCGGAGUGAAUAAUAAGUUACCUUGGCGUCUUAAGAAUGAGAUGAAUUAUUUCACUCGGAUAACAAUUACCAGCGAUGAUGAAUCAAAGAAAAACGCUGUUAUCAUGGGGCGGAAAACAUGGGAAUCGAUUCCCGAGAAAUACCGACCAUUAGAUGGAAGGAUUAACUUGAUUGUCAGUCGUACAGUCACCGAAAAACCAAUUAAAUCGGAUGGUGUUUUCAGUGAUCUAAAAUCAGCCCUGGUUCAAGCUUCGUGUAUGGAUGAAGUUGACCAGAUAUUCAUUGUCGGUGGUGAACAAAUUUAUCGCGAGGCUUUAACAUUUCCAGAAUGUUCAACAAUCUAUCUCACCCGAAUAGAAGCAAAUUUUGAUUGUGAUUCAUUUUUCCCUAAAUUUGAUGAGAAAAUAUUCCAAGAGAUUAGUAAAGAAACAGUUCCCAAAGAGAUUCAAGAAGAGAAUGGGUUAAAGUACAAAUUCCAUGUGUAUCAACGUAAAUCUAUUGAACUAUAACAUAAUCAAUGAAUCAGAUGAACAAUUGAUCUUCUUUAUUUAGAAAAUUGUGAUUCUAUUUACAAUUAGUGUAAAAAAAAGACGAAACGAGAAAAAAGGUUAAGUAAAUUCCAUUGAUUUUUGUUAUGAAAGAAACAAAAUUCUGCUCAAACUCUGAGCUGAUCUUUGUUGUUGUUUACUUUCACUCAUUUUUGGAAACAUUAAAUUGUUCAGUUGAUCAACUAA